AUGACCGCAAACGAUCCUGGUCAUAUUAAUAAUCUUAAUAAAACACAGAAAAAUGCUCUUAAACAAUGUUGGAUUGAUUUAAUAAGUACUAUUAGUAUUCAAACUUCAUUACCUGAUACAUGUAUUAUAAAUUCUGAUUAUGGAUAUGAAUUAUUUAUUUGGAUUGCAUAUGAAAAUGCUGAUGUUGUUUUACUUCGAUGGCUUCGUGCGAAUAAAUGGGAUAUUAAAAUAACAAUUCAACGUAUAAUGAAUCUUCUUAUAUGGAGAAUAAAAUCUCGAAUUCAAGAAUUUUUAAGUAAAGCUGAAAGUGAAAUAUCUCUUGAAGAAGCUACAAUGAAUAAAGGUUAUUUUAUGGGUUAUGAUAAAGUCGGUCGUCCAGUUUGUUAUAUUCAUGCAAAAGAACAUAUCAGAGGGCAAUUUUCUCUUGAUCAAACUGAAAAAUUAGCUAUAUUAGCUUUAGAAAUAUCUCGAAAAUUGCUUCAAUUCCCUGUAGAAACAUUUACUGUUGUUAUUGAUGUAGGUGGAAUUGGUAGGAAAAAUAUGGAUUUACACUUAGCAAAAAAUUUUAUUAAUCUAUUUCAAACUUAUUAUCCCGAAUCGCUUGGUCUUGGACUUAUUGUGAAUGGUUCAUGGUUUUUUAAUAGUUGUUGGUCUAUUAUUAUGCCAUGGUUAGAUCCAACUGUAGAAAAUAAAAUAAAAUUUAUAAAAAAAGAAACAGAUUUAAAUAUGUAUAUAGAUCCAAUUAGUAUCCCUCAACGAUUACAUGGAAAACAUCAAGAUUUUCAAUAUAUUUUACCUAGUGAAAAAGAUCAAACUAUGUUAACUGCCUUUCGUCAUGAUUAUCAAGGAAAAAAAUUCGCCGAAACCCAUCAUCGACAAGCUGCUAAAAAAUAUUUAAAAUUAACUCUACGAUGCGCUCAUAAUGAAGAUAAUGAAAAUUUCGUAUUAGACAGAAUAAAAGCUUCGAAGAAUCUUACAGAUACAUAUGAAAAACUUCUUCCUUAUAUAACUACUCAAAUUCAUUAUCAUCGAAAUGAAGAUAUCAAUGAAAAUAUCUUUGAUAUGACAUACAAUAAACUUUGUACAAAUGAUACAGAUAUUGAAUAUUUUUAA